UAAAGCUGGAAAUAUUCUUCUAACAGAACCAGGACAAGUAAAGCUAGCUGAUUUUGGGUCUGCAUCUAUAGUCUCCCCUGCCAAUUCCUUCGUAGGAACACCUUACUGGAUGGCACCAGAGGUGAUCCUUGCUAUGGAUGAAGGACAGUACGAUGGAAAGGUGGAUGUCUGGUCUCUUGGGAUCACAUGUAUUGAGUUAGCUGAAAGGAAGCCUCCGCUUUUCAACAUGAAUGCAAUGAGUGCCUUAUAUCACAUAGCCCAGAACGAUUCCCCUACGUUACAGUCAAACGAAUGGUCAGACUCCUUUAGGGGAUUUGUUGAUUACUGCUUACAGAAAAUACCUCAGGAAAGGCCAUCAUCAGCAGAUCUACUACGGCACGAUUUCGUUCGCCGAGAUCGACCACCAAGAGUCCUCAUAGACCUCAUCCAAAGGACAAAAGAUGCAGUACGAGAACUGGAUAACCUUCAGUACAGGAAAAUGAAGAAAAUCCUUUUCCAAGAGACGCGGAACGGCCCUCUGACUGAGUCUCAAGAGGAGGAGGAGGAUCAUGUAUUUAUAAGGGAUGAGGUGGGCCACAGGGAUCGCAGGCCUGAGGUGCGGCCUACCCAGUCGGUGCAGAAUCAGGCCCUCCACUACCGGAACCGAGAGCGCUUUGCCACGAUCAAAUCAGCAUCUUUGGUUACAAGGCAGAUCCAUGAGCAUGAGCAGGAGAACGAGUUGCGGGAACAGAUGUCAGGAUAUAAGCGGAUGCGGCGCCAGCACCAGAAGCAGCUGAUCGCCCUGGAAAACAAGUUGAAGGCCGAGAUGGACGAGCACCGCCUCAAGCUGCAGAAGGAGGUGGAGACACAUGCCAACAACUCGUCCAUUGAGCUGGAGAAGCUGGCCAAGAAGCAAGUGGCUGUGAUGGAGAAGGAGGCAAAGACAGCUGCAGCAGAUGAAAAGAAAUUCCAGCAACAGAUUUUGGCUCAGCAAAAGAAAGACCUGGCGACCUUUUUAGAAAGUCAGAAGAAACAAUACAAGCUUUGCAAGGAAAAGAUUAAAGAGGAAAUGAACGAGGACCACAGCACACCGAAGAAAGAGAAGCAGGAAAGAAUAUCCAAACACAAAGAGAACCUGCAGCACACACAGGCUGAAGAGGAGGCCCAUCUUCUCAGCCAGCAGAGACUCUACUACGACAAAAACUGCCGUUUCUUCAAGAGAAAAACGAUGAUCAAGAGGCACGAGUUGGAGCAGCAGAACAUUCGGGAAGAGUUGAACAAGAAGCGGACCCAGAAAGAAAUGGAGCACGCCAUGCUGAUCCGGCACGACGAGUCGACGCGUGAGCUGGAAUACAGGCAGCUGCACACGCUGCAGAAGCUGCGAAUGGACCUGAUCCGGCUGCAGCACCAGACUGAGCUUGAGAAUCAGCUGGAAUACAACAAGCGACGAGAGCGGGAGCUGCACAGGAAGCAUUUCAUGGAGCUCCGGCAGCAACCAAAGAACCUGAAGGCUAUGGAAAUGCAGAUCAAAAAGCAGUUCCAGGACACGUGCAAAGUGCAAACUAAGCAGUACAAAGCACUGAAGAAUCACCAGCUGGAAGUAACUCCAAAGAGUGAGCACAAGACAAUUUUGAAGAGUCUAAAGGACGAGCAGACGAGGAAGCUCGCCAUCCUGGCGGAGCAGUACGAGCAGAGCAUCAACGAGAUGAUGGCCUCGCAAGCGCUGCGACUGGACGAGGCCCAAGAAGCGGAAUGCCAAGCCCUGAGACUGCAACUCCAGCAGGAGAUGGAGCUCCUCAACGCGUACCAGAGCAAAAUUAAGAUGCAGACAGAAGCACAGCACGAAAGAGAACUCCAGAAGCUGGAGCAGAGGGUGUCACUGCGCAGGGCACAUCUGGAACAAAAGAUUGAAGAGGAGCUCGCCGCCCUCCAGAAGGAACGCAGCGAGAGGAUCAAGUUUCUGUUGGAAAGGCAGGAGCGAGAGAUUGAAACGUUUGACAUGGAGAGCUUACGAAUGGGCUUUGGGAAUUUGGUCACAUUAGAUUAUCCCAAGGAGGACUAUAGAUGAGACGAAAUUUCUUUGCCAUUUAACAAAAAAACCAGACAAAAUCAAACAAAAUAGGUACAAAACUUGCAAAAGCAACAUUCCCCAUGUUAACGGGCGUGCUCUCUCUCUUUCUGUCUCUCUUACUGACAUCGUGUCGGACUAGUGCCUGUAUAUUCUUACUCCAUCAGGGGUCCCCUUUCCCCCUGUGUCAAGUCCCGGUGCAGGACGGCUCCUGGCGGUCUUUUCCAUAGUAUGUCACAGUAUUGAUGUCUCUGUGCAAUGAUUAAAAAUGUUUCAGUGAAAAACUUUGGAGACGAUUUUAAUGGAGAAAAAAAAAAAGAAAAAAAAAAAGAAAAAAAAAAAAAAACCAAA